UAAAAUCUAGAAGAAGACUCUCAUUUCAUGUCUGCACCCUGUUCUUUGUCUAUAUCUCUUUGUUUCAAACGAUUCUAUAGUGUGAGGAGAGAAAAUGUUGGGUGGCUGUGAGAAGACUCUGGUCAUCUCUUCAUCAACUACCAACGAAUGGUCACAGAAUUUGAUGGCAUCAUCAUCAACAACAAGAAGGCUUAAUAUGGAGAAACCAGAAGGACAAGAUCAAUCAAUACAACAACAACAGCCGCCACAGCAGCCUCUCAGGUGUCCACGCUGUGAUUCGUCAAACACAAAGUUCUGUUAUUACAACAACUACAGUUUGUCUCAGCCAAGACACUUUUGUAAGGCUUGUAAGAGGUACUGGACAAGAGGAGGAACGCUAAGGAAUGUUCCAGUGGGUGGUGGGUGCAGGAAGAACAAGCGUGUCAAGAGACCUGCAAAUGGAGGUGCAAAUAGUACUAUUGACGGAGUACUUGAUUCUUCACCAUCAGUUCUUCAAAACCCUAACCCUAAUCAACCUAAUCAGUCGCCAUCGCAGAUCGAUGUUUCUUCAGGUUUAAGUCAUGUUAAUCCUUUGUUUUAUGGUCUACCCAGUAACCCAUCUGAGAUGAAUUUUUCAUUUCCUAGGUUUAGUAGUAGUAGUAGUUCUGGGUAUGAUCUACUGCCUAAUCAGUUGAAUGGACUUGGAUUAGGGUUUUCCUCAAAUGGGUUUAAUCCUAAUAAGCAAAUCCAAGAUGGGUUGGCUUCAAAUUCUCUUCUUUCUAGUUAUUCUUCCAUGUUUGGGUCCACAAAAACUUCAUCAACCAUUGCUUCUUUGCUUGCCUCAGCUGGUCUUUCCCAACAAAAUAAGAACAAUUAUUUUCAAGGCUUGACACCCUUUGAACAAUUUCAGAUGGCAAGUAGUAGUGGUGAUCAUGUGAAAGAAGUUGUGAAAAUUGAAGAGGGACAAAACAGGAUAGGUGAUUGGGGGACACAAUGUCAGAAUCAGAUGGAGGAGAUUGGUUUGUCUGAUCCUUCAAUUUACUGGAAUUCCACAAGUACUGUUGGUGGUUGGCAUGAUCCAUCAAAUAAUAUUGGUUCUUCAGUGACUUCUCUGAUCUAACAAAACCCAAAUCUCGUAUAUCUCCCUCUUUUUUUUCUUUCUUAAUUUCUUUUCCUCGGAUCUAUUUCAUGAGCUGCUUAGGUUUGUUUUUGCAGUGGAGUCUAUUUAAUUAUGGGUUUUAUAUAUAUUGAAGCAAGUUAAGAUGGGAGGGGAGCUUUGGAUCGGAGCGAUCAUGUCAGCUGCAAAAAUGAAAUCAGCCUUAAGUUUUAUCUCAAAAGGUUGAGAAAUUACCCAAAAAUUGCGCUGAGAGGAACCUCGGAUCCUCUUCAUCUCAUCAUUAUAUUAUCAUUACAUCCAGUCAAAGUUGAAGAGCUACCACCAAGGGGAGGGACAUUCGGUGCAACUUUCUUAGUUGUUACUCAAUCGGUAUGUAUUUAUAUAUGCAUAAUAUUUCCUUAAUUUGCUUCUUAUGUACUUGUUAGUAAUCAGCUAGAACUGGAGUUUAAUGGAGUCAAUGGGAUCAUACCAUGGAGAAACUGUCUUUUUUUUUUUGGGGUGGGGCGGGUAUAUUGGUAUAGGAAUUAAAGAGGGAGAUUUGUUAUGUCUAUUGGGGUGGGGUAUAUUAUGGUGCGAUUGGUGUUGGGUAUAUGUUGUCCAUUUUGUUAAAUUUCAAUGAAAUUAAUUUGUUACAAAUUAUGGGUUUUAAUUUGUAGAGAAUGCAGCCACAGUUUUUUUUUUUUUUUUUUUUAGUGAUACGAGAAACAAUAAA